AUGGCUGCAGUGGGCCUGACGAAGCCCUGGACCGUUAGCAUUCUUGAAACCCGGCUCGCAUUGCAAAUCCUGGCAGCCAUUGCGCACAUAGUGGACCUCGUAGACACUCCUGGAGCGCACCGGGAUGAUUGCUUCUACUCGCGAGGAACCGCCGGAUGGAAACUGAAAAGAAAAUUGAAUCGCUGGAGGGGCAGCGGAAGCCUAGGUGAGAGCCUGAGCUCAGCCGUUCGCUCCGUCGCAGGAAGGCUCCAGCUCGAGCAUCACCACCGAUCCCAGCAUGAUAUCGUGGCUUCUCAGCGCAUCGAAAACAUCGAUGCCAAGCUGGCACAGCUCCUCGCCGACGCCUCAGCUUCAGCUGAUGAUUUCAUACAAGAAGCAGCCGGUGUUGCUGUUGAAGACGGCUUGGCCAGCCCCACGACAGUGGAGAAGCAGGAGUUUCAGCUGCAGCUUGCGGAUGCUCGGCUGGCAACCGGCGACAAGUUGAUGUUGAAGGACGAGAACGUCAAUUGCCGCAGGAUUGCGCUGGACGCAUUGAAGUUCAAUGCGUCCAGCGCAAUCCUGCGACAAUUGACGUUCUCGUCCUGCCCGCUGAAGGAGAAGAACGGCUACAAGGAGCGCGGAGCUCGCAGCCGCGCAGAGGCCAUCGGGCAUCCGUGGCAGAAGCUUCCGAGCCCCGCUGAGCACAGGCACCUUGGCUUCCUGACGGAAGGGGAGCUGGAGAAUCAGGAGAAUGAGGACCCAGGCUCGACUCGCGACUCGCGCAGUGCACGCGAAGCGGUGCUGUGCGAAGCUGUGAACUUCAGGGCAAGCCAGCACCGAGGCGAUUCUUGA